UGCGAAAAUCUAACGUGUAUGCAGUAAACCAGCAAAGUGUCCCGCUGUAUAAGGAUUUACUUUACAAACUUCAUAUGCAGGGUGCUUCAAAGAAAACUGGCGCCUUUCUUCGAAUGCCUUAGAGAAAAAACUAUAGUAAGAUACGGAUGCUGGAGCCAGAUGACCAGAGAGAGUAGCAGCCUGGUUCAGUCUGUCAGAACCAGAACCACAGGACACGUUUUAGGCAAGCAGCUGAAGAGUUCUAAACAAUUGAUUGAUUUAACCAAGUUGUCAUACAAAGAAGCCAAGUUUCCCCGAGGAAUACUUUCAUAGAAGUACAGAAUAUGCAAAUCUGAAUCGCACUCUUGGAAAUGGGACUAUACUAUAACAUGGAGACCACCCUUCUCAUCUGUAUCUUGCUUACCAGUGCUGUGGCAACACAAAGUGUGCCUCCUACAAUACAAGGUCAAACUUCUACUUUGCCUCAUCUGACUGGAUGCUUUUCUCGAGAGCUGAUGACUUUCCGUUGUCAGUGGGAGACUGCAUCCUUACAGAACAGCAAAGAACUUGACGAUCUGAGGCUAUUCUACAUCUUAGAAAAGGAUUCUAAGAAUGAGAGAAAAUGGAGAGAAUGUCCAAGUUACAGCUCCUUGAUGAAUGAAUGCUACUUUAAUUCCAGUAAUACUGUCAUAUGGUACACUUAUGUGAUUCAGCUGCGUUCACGCUCUCUUGAUGUUGUUUAUGACGAAAUAUCUUUCAACGUGGAGGACAUUGUGUUUCCAGAUCCACCUGUAGGACUAAACUGGACUCUUUUGAGUAUGAGCUCAACUGGCUUAAUCUGUGACGUGGUUGUGAGAUGGGAUCCUCCUCCGUCUGCUGCAGAGAAUGUGAAGACAGGAUGGAUGUUGCUGCUAUACGAGACACAGUACAGAAAGAAUGGUUCAGGCCAGUGGAUCUCACUGGAGAAUGGCAAAGAGACACAGGCGUAUGUCUAUGGUCUCUGCAGCAACACUGAAUAUGAAGUCAGAGUCAGGUCAAAAAUGAGAGGCUACAAUUUUGGUGUCUUCAGUGACUCCAUCUUCAUACUCAUUUCUAACAAAGAAUCAAGAUUUCCUAUUACAGCUGUGCUUGCCUUCUCUGCUGUUGGUGUCAUAAUUAUCUUGAUGCUGAUUGUAGUUUCACAUCAACAAAAGCUAAUGGUGAUUUUCCUGCCGCCAGUCCCCGGACCAAAAAUCAAAGGGAUUGACCCUGUGCUUUUACAGAAAAGUCAGCUGAGUGAAUUCACAUCAAUCUUAAGUACCCACCCGGGCUUGCGGCCAGAACUGUACAGCAGUGAUCCUUGGGUAGAGUUCAUAGAGGUGGACAUUGACGAACCACACAAGAACGAAGAAGAGCUCCUUAUGGACUCUCCGGUUUCUGACUCACCUCAAAUGUCCAGUGGUUUCAGGGAUGAUGACUCCGGACGGGCUAGCUGCUGCGAUCCGGACCUGUCAGAUCACGAUCAAACGGAUCUACAUCACCCUUCAACCAGUUGCCACGACGGUUUCCACCCGUUGUCCCGUACACACUCUGGGCCGCCGCAACCUGCAGCCGUCUCUCCACAAGACACAACCUGGUCUAGAAGCCUUUACUCACAAGUGAGUGAUGUCACCCAGCGUGGUGAAGCUGUGCUUUCUCUGGAAGAGCAAGAAAGGAUGAACACCUGUCAUGAUGAAACUCAGAAGGAGAAAGACAACAAUAAGAGAAAAGAAAUCCAACAGUUGGUGGUGAUCCCUGACGAAAGAGGCUACACCUCCGAGCUUGUUGCCAGUGUAAUCAGUGCCCACUUCGAUAAGCCAAACCCACCUAUUACAGACCAAUCACCGAGCCAAGAAAAACACAGUGCAUUCAGAGACAUUCAAAACCUGAGCACUGAGACGAACACGUCCUCUCCGUCUACUGCAUUUCCCAUCCUCGCAAAGCCCACCAGUCCAGAGUACACUAUGGUAGAUGGGGUGGAUUGGAAAAACGGUCUCUUCCUGAAACCAAAUACUCCAACCACCCCACAGAAGGCAGCGGUGAAGAAUUUGCCAACUCCUGAAGGAUACUUGACUCCUGACCUACUCGACAACAUUAUCCCUAACUAAAAGUGGAGUACGUUUGCUCUUUGUGCAUGUGGCGUCUGACAUGGUUAGCCAACAUCGAACAAGACACGGAUCCAUGAUCCAAGCCUUCUCCAGGGGAAUGUGUGUCAUGUUUGGGCAAGCUAAUAGUGGGCUGUAUAAAGGCCUGGAAUCUUUUAUUCUCCUAAUUUUAAAGGUUACCAGCUUCAGAAGUUAUUUUGAGCAGACAUGAAGCAGAAAUAUUCAAUUCAAUUCAAAUUAUUUCUAUAGCGCGUUUCACAAUGCAUAUUGUUUCAAAGCAGCUUUACAGAAAGUGCAUUUCAAAGUGCAGUUAGUUAAUCAUGUAUUAAUUUGGG